AUGGCCACGCAAUCAACUGGUCAGGGAAGAGCAGCCGCCACGAAAGAUUGGUCGGCGGCCCAGUAUCUCAAAUUCGCUGAGCAGCGCACCCGACCCUCGCGUGAUCUUAUUGCUCAAGUGCCUUUGGCAUCGCCAACUCGCAUUAUCGACAUUGGAUGCGGUCCUGGCAAUUCGACUGAAGUCCUUGCGAAACAAUGGCCGGAUGCACAUAUUUCGGGGAUGGAUUCCUCUCCCGACAUGAUUGAAACGGCACGCAAGGCAUUGCCUAACCUGGACUUUACUGUGGCGGAUCUGGCAACUUAUACGCCAGAGGGACCGGUCGACCUUUUAUUUUCCAAUGCGGUCUUUCAGUGGAUCAACUUUGAGGACAGAAUCCCCAUCAUCAGCCGCCUGAUUCAAUCCCUCAAGCCUGGAGGUGUUUUUGCAUUCCAAGUUCCCGACAACCACACCGAGAAAUCUCACGAAGCAAUGCGUGCAGUUGCUGAGAACGGUCCUUGGGCAGAGACUCUUGGGCGUCUUAAGCCGGCACUGGGACCCUUCCAGACGCCUAUUGAGCUUUACAAUGGACUAAAGCCCCUGUGUUCGUCUAUAGAUGUGUGGCACACGUAUUACCAGCAUCCUUUGGGUGGUCACCAGGAGAUUGUUGAAUGGGUCAAAGGCACGGGGUUACGGCCCUUUAUCGAUCCUCUCGAACCUGAGCAGAAGGAAGGAUUCCUAGCAGCGUACCUGGAGAAGCUCAAGGAGCUUUAUCCCUUGUGCGAUGAUGGAACAGUCUUGUUGCGAUAUCCUCGACUAUUUUUUGUUGCUGUCCGCGCUUGA